AUGUCUCGAUUCCUUGACCUUCCGGCUGCGCUCCCCGCCGCGACCAUCAAGCUUGGCCAACUCAUCAGCGACCCUCUUAGCACGGACUCGGCCUCUCUACAGCCAUCACAAGAGAUCCCAACGACGCAAACAGUCCACGAUGACGCGAGCGAAUACCCCGGAUUACAGUACCACAUGCUCAAGCCAAUCGAUGUCUUCAACAAACUCCGGCAAGACAGCACGACAAGAUCUUUCCUCCGCAAAAUGGCCUACCAGAACAAGCCAGUUUACUUGGUCACGGGUGUGCAAGCACUACAGAAUCCAUCGACUGAGUCACAGCACCGCAUGGCCGUCCGAAGAGUCGACUCCGCAUCUAAUCUAAACAUGCCAACUCCCCCUGCGACCCCCAACUGUGACGAAAAACCGCAACCUCAAUCCGUCAUCGCCGUCGAACUCCGCGAGGUCAAGUGCCGGAUUGGUGCACCCAGUGAGCCCCAUUGUAUCGCAGAUGUACACUACGAUUGGAGUUAUCACCGACUCGACGAUGAGGACGAGGAUAUGCAGCUUUCGAUUGGUCUGGGCAAAGUGGUCAAGGCAGAGGAUCUAUUGGGACACGCUGGUCGUGAAGAGGAGACGAGAGAGAGGGCGGGCGGCCAUUGGGGGAGACGGGGCCCAGCGGUGGUGGAAGGGCUCGGGGGGUUUUAA